CAAUUUUCAGCAGUUUGUUUUCACAAGUCGGCGAAAUCGCAGUGGCAAAUCAUCCCUUAUAUAUAGCUUAACUAUACUAUAUAAACCGAUUCUAUAAAGGCAAACAUGUUUACACUGCGCCGAUUCAGUCAGCGCUGGUAUCCCAAGCAGAUUCAGCACUUGAAAAUGUCGCAGAUCGGAGAACUGGGCAGUGGAGCCGGCAAGGGGGGCGGUGGCGGGGGAUCCAUUCGGGAGGCGGGCGGAUCCUUUGGCAAAAUGGAGGCUGCCCGCGAGGAGGAGUUCUUCCAUAAGCAGCAAAAGGAGCAGCUGAAGAACCUGAAGACGAAAACGGAACCCAAGGCACCAGAGGCUCCCAAGAAGUGAGCCCAACCAGGAGUGUGGAACUCCACUAGCUUAACUAUUACAUGACUGCAUUGUCUGAAUUGUAUUUAAUGGGAAUGGUACUCCAAAUAUAGCGCACGCAUUAAGUUUA